CAGCGGCGCUGUCACUGUUAUGGUCCUGUCAGGGCGCCGGCGUCGUGGUGCUUGGGUGGUAGCCACCAAGAGGACUUUGGUGGGGCAGUCUCGGGACAGCCCAGCGGCCUGCUGUGCCCGUCUCCGGCCUGGAUCCCAGCUUGCACGUCGAGACUCGUAGGCCGCACCGUAGGGCAAGCGUACGGGUCGGUGCCGCGGCAGCCUCGCGGUCUGGGCCCAGCCGCAGCCUGCUCUAAAGCGGCCGGCUCUGAGGGGCCGAGAGAUGCAGCCUCCGGGCCCGCCCCCGGCCUAUGCCCCUACUAACGGAGACUUCACCUUUGUCUCCUCAGCAGACGCGGAAGAUCUCAGUGGUUCAAUAGCAUCCCCAGAUGUCAAAUUAAAUCUUGGCGGAGAUUUUAUCAAAGAAUCUACAGCUACUACAUUUCUGAGACAAAGAGGAUAUGGCUGGCUUCUGGAAGUUGAAGAUGAUGAUCCUGAAGAUAACAAGCCACUCUUGGAAGAAUUGGACAUCGAUCUAAAGGAUAUUUACUACAAAAUUCGAUGUGUUUUGAUGCCAAUGCCAUCACUUGGUUUUAAUAGACAAGUGGUGAGAGACAAUCCUGACUUUUGGGGUCCUCUGGCUGUUGUUCUUUUCUUUUCCAUGAUAUCAUUAUAUGGACAGUUUAGGGUGGUCUCAUGGAUUAUAACUAUUUGGAUAUUUGGUUCACUAACAAUUUUCUUACUGGCCAGAGUUCUUGGUGGAGAAGUUGCAUAUGGCCAAGUCCUUGGAGUUAUAGGAUAUUCAUUACUUCCUCUCAUUGUAAUAGCCCCUAUACUUUUGGUGGUUGGAUCAUUUGAAGUGGUGUCUACACUUAUAAAACUGUUUGGUGUGUUUUGGGCUGCCUACAGUGCUGCUUCAUUGUUAGUGGGUGAAGAAUUCAAGACCAAAAAGCCUCUUCUGAUUUAUCCAAUCUUUUUAUUAUACAUUUAUUUUUUGUCUUUAUAUACUGGUGUGUGAUCCAAGUUAUACAUGAAUAGAAAAAGAUGGUGUCACAUUUGUGUGUAGGCUGGGAAUUCUUGCUGAAGGAAUUGGAGAAAACCUGUUGCUGGCAAAAUUUUACACGUUCCAGAUGGAAAGGGAAGUUUAAGCGCUUUUUAAAACAAUAUUUUUUUUGUAUUUAAUUAAGCAAUUGCAGUUAUCUGGGAUUUUUGGGUCAGAAUUUUAAAUUCUGCUUGAUUCUCCAUAUUCCAGUGAAUAAAAUACAAAAGCAUUGUGUUUUUAAGAUUGUGUCAAUAUUCACCUAAAAACUUGUGCCAAAAGCACCUGGAUUGGUAAUUAUAUUUCACUUGAAGGGUAAAUUUGACAAUAUCCUGAUAAUCUAAAGUGCAAUUUUUUUCUUCAAAAUGUUUUCUCCAGCAUCACAGAUCCUGCAGAUAUAUAUUUAUAUUUAUACAUAUAUAUUUAUGAAAUAAUUCUUAUUCACAAAAUAUAUUUCUGAUAAACAUUAAGAUAUUAAAUCUGAUGCGCAAACUUUUUUUAAUUUGGCCAUUAAUCUUUUUUAUUUAAAAAUUUAAAUUUGUUUUUAAAAUUGUAUAUAAUUUUUUAAACCUCAACACAUGCUUCAAUACUUCCUUGUUAAGAAUUCUUAAUAAUUACUAAACUGAUUUUAAUAGUUGCUGAUAUAUAUUUGGUUUGUUUGGGUAUACUUUUCAAAACCAUUUUUGAAUGUCUGAACAUCUGAUUGAAAGUUUCUGUUUAUCUUUCUGACCAAAGGAGCAAGAGGUAUAAUGGAUAUGGCAUUCAUUAAAAUCAUUACUAGUACAAAAACAGUAAUAUUUACAGCAUCAGUAAAUAUUUUUAAGUGGUACUUCUAAAUCAUAAAAGUUGGAGAAAGAGACCUUUAAAAUCUUGUGGUCUUGAACAAUGUUAUAUGAAGUAGAAAAAAAUAAAAUACUUCCCAGUUGUGUGUUUUGUUUUAUAGCA